AUGAAUCAGAAUUUGGCUUACUAUGCUGCUGUUCUUGGCGAGGAAGAAGCAAAGUUGAUAAAUGCAAAAGAGUGUCUCAGGCUAAACUUACUUUUCCUUUUUCAGAAUAUUAAUAGUUAUAUUCAGCGCAGUCUGCUCGAGAAAGAACUGCUUUACUUUGCCUAUGACACCUUUGGAAUUCCUUUUGUCGACCCAGAUAGCUGGACUCCAGAAAAUGUUGUGCUGAAAAGACUCAGAGAAAAACAAAAGAUGGAGAAGGAGACAGCAGCAAGAAUUACUGAAGAGAUUGGAAACCUGAUGAAAGAAAUUGAAACAAGGACAAUACGAGAAGGGGAAAUGAUAAGGAUAAACAUUGCCCAGGCUGUAGAUGAACAAAGCAAAUGCCCCUGGAGCCCAAAAAUGGCAUCUGUUGUGCCUUGUAAUGUGACUGAGGCGCAAGGGGCACUGAGUGCGGUGAUUAUUACUGAAUCUCGGCCUGUGGCACUUUGUUCUGUGCAUCGAGUGGUGUUGCUGCUGCCCUCUCUGGGCAGAGCAGUUGGACUGUUAAUGCUGAUGCUAAAGGCAGCCGCUUCAGCUGGUGAUGGGUACCGUGGCACAACCUCCCCUCAUACUCCAAAUGAAAAGUUUCAUGGCGUUACUGUGUACAAAGCACUUAAGCUGGGGCAAGAGGGAAAGGUCCCUUUAAGCAGCGCACUCUUAUACUAUAAUGUUACCGAUAAAGUAAGAAGAGUGGUAGAGUCAUACUUUCGACUGGACAGCCCACUCUACUUCUCAUACUCCCACCUCGUCUGCCGAACUGCUGUUGAAGAGAAACAGGAGGGAAGAAAGGAUUUAAGUCAUCCUGUGCAUGUUGACAAUUGCAUUCUAAAUGCAGAAGCAAAUAUGUGUAUAAAGGAACAUCCAGCUUAUACUUUCCGUGAUUACAGUGCCAUACUAUAUCUAAAUGGGGAUUUUGAAGGAGGAAAUUUUGUUUUUACAGAACUUGAUGCAAAGACAAUAACUGCUGAAGUGAGACCACAGUGCGGGCGAAUGGUGGGAUUCUCAUCUGGAGAAGAAAAUCCUCACGGAGUAAAUGCCGUCACUAAAGGCCAGCGGUGCGCUGUUGCCUUAUGGUUCACUCUAGAUCCCCGUCAUAACGAGAGGGAAAGAGUUCAAGCUGAUGACUUGAUAAAAAUGCUCCUUAGUCCAGAGGCAGAUCUGUCCCAGGAGGAGGCACAACAAACAGCAGAACCACUUUCUCUAGGGGAAGCCAAUCUGAGACAGUCUGGCUCAGAAUCACCAUCAGAUACUACAGAUUCAGUUGCUGCAGAAAGCACAGACUCUUCUAUAGAACACGUGCGCGGACCACCUGUGGACUCCAAACCCAAGACAGAAUUAUAACAUUAAUGUGGGACUUUUGGUUGUGCUUCGGAGACUGCUCUGAACCAGGGAGAUAACAUUUCCAAAAAAAGUUUAAUGAAAAACCAAAGCAUAACGUUAAUGUUUUUCAUUUUGUUUUUAAUCAUUCCUGGAAGAAAAGCACAACGGCAGAGACGACUCAUGAGUCAUGAAUGUUGCAUGUACAAAUUUACAAAGAGUUUUCAAUUCCAAGAGGCAGUUCGUGCUAGAACCUAACAGUGUGCAUUCUGGCUUGCAACUUGCAUCUUUUUCUUUUUUUACAGGAGGAAGUUUUUCUGUUUUUAAACCAGGCCCUGCAGUCCCAUGCAAUAAGUGGAUACCAAGGGGAAAUAUCUAGUUUGCUUGUUGUUUCCACUUGUUUACAAGAAUGGGUGACAGUUAUGAUGGAAUACCUAAUUUUUUGCCUUGAUCCUUUCAUGGAAAAUAGAUACUGAACUUUUAAUAUCGAACAUUAGAAAAAAUGACCAAUUGGGCUCAAAAUAUUUUUAAAUGAAUUUUGAAGGCAGAAUUUCUUUGUGUCCUGAUGUUUUUGUUGCAGAGAUAUUCAGUCAACUGUAGUUUCAGUGAACAGUGUAAUAAUCUAGGACCCACACUGGUUGUGUAUUUAUUUGGAGCCGGUCUUGCAGAAUAGCCUGUGUUUGCAAAACAACCAAGUGUGAGUUUUUCAUGUUACACUGUUCCACAUGUUUUGUAUGUUUAUGUGGUUGCGGAAUGAUUGAGAGAAAUCGUCAAUGUGCAAUUUUAUGACUUGAAACUGUGGCUCAUAUAAAUAAAAACUGGCAAUGUUUGGGA